AUGGACGACGGGGACCUGGACUUCUCCAUGGGCAGCUACUUGGACGACGUCCUCGGGGGCACAGCGGAGCACCUCGCGUGCUGCACCCACACCCACACCUGCAACCCGCCGGCAUACGACCUCCCCCACACCCACACCUGCCUCCACGUCCACUCCAAGUUGGCCGCCUCCGCCUCCUUCGACGCCGCCGCCGACUCCCACGCCGAGCCUGAGGACGCCCACGCCACCUCCCGGAGCAAGAAACGCCGCCCGUCGGGCAACCGGGCAGCCGUGCGCAAGUACCGCGAGAAGAAGAAGGAGCACACGGCGGUGCUGCAAGAGGAGGCGGCCCGUCUCAGGGCCCUCAACGAGCAGCUGGUGAGAAAGCACUAG